UAUUGUCCAGUUGCAGACACUUUGACCAUCGCCUGGCGGAGGAAGCUCGAGAGACUGCGAUGGUGUUCAACAUCGAUGAGGCCGAGGACUUUGACGACGGCACGCGCGCUGUAGUUCACACUGAUGCUGCAUCUGAUUCAGACGGCCAGACGCAGAGCUCAACGCGUCUGCGGUCGUCCCGCAAGCAGCGACUGCAGCAGGAGCGCAAAGGCAGCAAGCAACGCGAACAAGCGUCAGCACUUCGUGUCAAGAACUGGGACGCAGGGUUGCUGGAGAGCGAGGAGUACGCUGGCAAAGUGGUGAAACGCAAGGACCUGAAUGACGGCAUGGAGUCACCCGACGAGGACGCGAUGGCCGAGUGGUCAGACGCCGAGCCGUUCGGCGCAUCGGAAGAUGAAGAAGAGGAAGAGAAGGUUGAAGAAGAAGAAAGUGAAGAGGACAGUGACGAUGAAGACAAGAGCGCUGAGAUGCUCAUCCGCGGCUUCCAGAAAGAAGAUUCGGCUCGACUUAUGGGCGCACAGGACAGCGAGAAGGUCGUGGAGAAGGCCAAACAAGUGCGCAACCAGAAGCUCAUCUGGGAGCGCUGUCUGGAGGUGCAAAUUUACACCAAGAGGCUUCUAACUACAGCCAAGGACGCAUCAGCCCACGAGACAGACGGAGAGACAGAUGAAGAGGCCACCAAGACUAUAGAGCAGGUCGUGGCUGAGCUCUACAAGAGCAUCGACGCCGUGUCAGCCUUACAGGAAAAGCUCUGCAACGUCCCGGAGCUGAAUGCUGCAGACACAACGAAGAAACGUAAACGCACAUGCGACGAACUGUGGCAGGAGAUCACGGCCAGUAACCGCGCGAUGCUGCCUCAGUACAACGACAUUCUCAUCACACACACGCGCAAGACGGACUUGGCUGCAGGAGGCAAGAACAGUCAGGCCAAGAAGUUCAAGGCUGUGAACCAAGACAUCCUCGCCCAAGUCGAGUCUGUUCUCGUGGAUCCUCAACGAGUCAAGCGCAAGGCACACGCCCCAUUAGACGUACCCGAAGCAACAGAAGCAGGCGAAGACCAACUGGACGAGCUCAUGUACGACGACUCGGACUUCUACCAGCAACUGCUCAAGGAGUUUAUCGAGAGCGGCGGGGGUGGCGCUGGUCAGGACGCCAUGGUGAGACGUACUCAUCGCAAGAAGAAGAAAAUCGUCAACCGCAAGGCCAGCAAAGGCCGUCAACUACGCUACACGGUGCACCCCAAACUCGAGAACUUCAUGUUCCCAGAGCCUUACCCGAAGCCCGAAAUGGACGUGGACGAGCUCUUCCGCUCGCUCUUCGGUCAGGUUCGUCAAUAGAUUCGUAAAAAAAAAAAAAGUGCUUGCUUAUGCUUAAGUGCCCUAUGUCUGCUUCCCCUCUGGAAGAUGUACGCCAAGUUUUCCCUUACAGCACAUCGUCUUCUUCUUCCUCUUCUUGUUCUCC